AUGAAUGAAAUCCAGCCUUCCUGUUGGAAUAGCACACCUGUCUUGUUCAACAAAUCUUGGAGUGGAGGGCAUUACUACCAAGUGAUCAGUGCAGCAGAAACAAUCAUCCUUCCUUCUCUAAUUGGGAUUAUCUGCUCAAUGGGAUUAGUUGGCAAUAUCCUCAUUGUGUUCACCAUAGUAAGGUCUAGAAAAAAAAACAUUCCAGAUAUCUAUAUCUGCAAUCUGGCUGUAGCAGAUUUGGUUCAUAUCAUUGGCAUGCCCUUUCUCAUUCAUCAGUGGGCCCGCGGAGGAGAGUGGGUGUUUGGCAGCCCUCUGUGUACCAUCAUUACAUCCUUAGACACAUGCAACCAGUUUGCAUGCAGCGCUAUUAUGACAGUUAUGAGUUUGGACAGGUACUUGGCUCUUGUCCAACCAUUUCGCCUCACUAGCCUGAGAACAAGAUCAAAGACUAUUCGUGUUAAUUUAUGCCUGUGGGCAGCUUCACUGAUCCUGGUGUUUCCUGUCUGGGUCUACUCAAAAGUAAUCAAAUUCAAAGAUGGCUUGGAGAGUUGUGCUUUCGAUCUAACAUCACCUGAUGAUGUACUUUGGUACACGCUUUAUCUGACUAUCACAACUUUCUUUUUUCCAUUACCACUGAUAUUCAUUUGCUAUAUAUUGAUUUUAUGUUACACGUGGGAGAUGUAUCAGCAAAACAAGAAAGCAGGAUGUUACAAUACCAGUAUCCCAAGACGAAGGGUCAUGAGAUUGACCAAGAUGGUGCUGGUGCUGGUUGGUGUAUUUGUUGUAAGUGCUGCUCCAUACCACGUGAUACAGCUAGUGAAUCUUCAGAUUUCUCAGCCAUCACUGACAUUCUAUGUGAGCUAUUACUUCUCCAUCUGCCUCAGCUAUGCUAGCAGCGGCAUUAACCCUUUCCUUUACAUACUACUUAGCGGGAACUUUCGGAAGCGUCUGACUCGGUGCACAAAUGUCAAGCUCAAGAUGACAGAACGUGAAGUUAACAACAUUGAAAACACACUGGGGUCAAGCUUUUAAAAGGAGAGUCUAUUCAGUGAGAGAGAUGUAUUACAUAUGUGAGUAUUUUUAUGGUUAAACUGACUAGGCCUCAUUCCCUUCUCGCUUAUAGUACUGUAACUCAGGAGUGACUUCAUCAUAGUCAAUGGACUUACAUCGGUGUAAAGCUAGGGGGAGAGAAGAAUCAGGCCCACUAUUUGGAUAUUAGGGUACGUGGUGGAAGGAUGCUGUGCAAAAGUAUUCUUUGUUAUUGUCCAGUUGCUUCCUUAAUGGUGAAUACUACAAGCAUAAAGACCAAAAUGAGCUUCUAAAAAUGUGCAGUUCUCUGGCAGU